AUGGUGAUUGGUAUGAUGGCCAUUGUAAUGGCGGGUGGUGUUUACUGUCCAUUAUUCCCUCGAGAUCCUCAACAGCGUUUACAUGCACUUUUGCAACAAACUCAAAGUCGCCUUGUUCUUGUUCAUUACUUGACGAAAGAUAAAUUUCAAAAUGAUGUUAUAUCAUCUGACAUUAAUGCAGUACUCACUGAUGAAAAUCAGGGGAUCAAUGUUGAUGUUGAUCGAUUGUCUGACGUGAUCGUCACACCAGAUAGUGUGGCCUACAUAAUCUUCACAAGUGGUUCCACAGGAACACCAAAAGCGGUUCAAGUAUGCCAUCGAAGUUUUACCGGCAUGAUCGGCUCUUUUGUUUACAAGAAUAUUAUCAAUGGAAAUGAUACGAUUAUGCAGGUUGCACGUUGCUCUUUUGAUCCACAUGUUCGCGAUAUUUUAGGUUCAUUCAUAAUGGGUGCUGCAUUAAUUAUGCUACAUCCUGGAGCAAUUGUGGACUUUCAGUACCUUGCCGAUGUCAUGAAGGAAAAGCACAUUACUUUUCUUGAUACAGUACCCACUGUACUUUAUAAUUUAUUCACUUAUCUCCAACAGUUUGACUAUAUUACCGCAAUGAAAUGUUUACGAUCACUUUGUACUGGGGGUGAGUCAUGCUCUGCGCAACUGGCAAAUUUAAUACAGAGCAUCGUAAACAACACUUGUCAGACAUGGAAUAUGUAUGGUCCAGCUGAAACGACCGUAGGAUGCACGUGUCACCUUUUACCCAUACGGACGGCCACUGAGAACAUUCCUAUUGGUAGACCCCUUUCAAACUACCAACAUGAAGUUUUUGAUGAACUCUUGCAACGCGUAUCGACUAACCAAGAAGGCGAACUGUUUGUAGGAGGUGUGGGUGUCUUUGCUGGUUAUCUUGGACGUGAUGACUUGACUGCAAGAAUAGUCGUUGUCAUUGACGGUGAAUUAUUCUAUCGAACAGGCGAUCUCGUUCGAAUAGGCAGAGAUGGUUUCAUUCAUUACGUCGGUAGAAAAGACCACCAAAUUAAAUUACAUGGACAACGCAUUGAAUUGGGAGAAAUCGAACAAUGUCUACUCCAAUCAUCCGUUUCAGCUUGUGUUGUUGUGAAAUGGAAUGAUGACCAUCUAGUGGCCUAUGUUCAAAGUUCCACUAUUGAUGAAAAACAACUACGUGAACAUUGUCAAUCUCAUCUACCACCUCACAUGAUUCCAUCAAAAUUUAUUGUGCUUGAAAAAUUACCUUUGAACUCCAAUGGGAAAAUCGAUCGAAAGAGUCUUCCAUCGCUUGACUUCUCGAAUGUUUCACCCACAACUCUGGAAAGUGAUGCCCAAUUAUUAAUGCCAAGAAAUGAAAUUGAAAUUACUGUUCGUCAGAUUUGGUGUGAUAUUCUUCAACAAAAUCAAAUUUCGAUAGACACAAAUAUCUUUUCUAUUGGUGGUCAUUCAUUACUUAUGAUGCAAAUGUUUCAUCGAUACAAAGUCAAAUUUUGUUUAGAACAAAAUCCAAAUUUUGUUUCCAUUUCUACUCUAUUUCAAAAUCCAACAAUUAUUGAUCAUGCUAAACUCAUUCAACAGUCUAUCAAUGCUCGUCAUAGUUUGGAUGAUUACUCCUGGUCUCCAUUGUAUCUUAGUCAAGCUAAAGCAUCAUUUGCGCAAGAACGAAUCUUCUUAGACGAACAAAUUCGUUUUUCAUCUAAAACAAAGAUGUCGAAUAUAUAUGCUAUUCAAAUGCUCUAUCGUAUAACGUCUGUUGAAAGUCGUGUCUCAAUUAGUCGAUUCCGUCGAGCACUUCUAGCUGUUGUGAGGGCGCAUCCAACUCUAUGUACAGCACUUUAUCUUGACGCAGAUGGUAGACUUAUACAACAUUAUAUAAAUACCAAUAAUAAUAUUGAUGAUCAGCAACCUUUUAGCUUUACAAUAACAGAACUUGAUAAUAAUGAUAGAUUUGAUGAUAAAAUUACAGAAAUUAUGAGGCAACAUGAUUUGUUUGAUUUGGAGAAAGGCUGGGUUAUGCAUUGCCAUAUCCUUCGACAACAACACUGUCGUCGUUUGACAUCACAAAAUGAUGACCUAUUGGCAUAUGAUGAUUUGAUAGCUAUUUUUAUUCAUCAUUCUGCAAUAGAUGGAUAUUCAAUGCCGUUGCUAUCACAUGAUUUGUCUUAUGCUUAUCAGAAUGACGAUUCAUUACCUCUAGAUGAGAACACAUUGCAAUACAUGGACUAUUCUGUACAUGAACGUUCGACAGAUAUGACAACGCUGCGUAGGUUUUGGUAUUCACAACUUGAAGGGUAUAAUUUCGACCAAUCCUUACCAUUGCUCUUUGAUCGACGUCGUUUAUCGACUGAACGUCGUUCAACAGUCGGUGUUACAAAUAGUGUUAUUUUUCAUGAUGACAUCGCGACAGGGUUUCUUAACUAUGCAUCUGCACAUCAAGUUACACCUUAUCAGUUAGCAUUCGCCACGUUCUAUGCAUUUCUAUUCAAACUAACGCAUGGUGAAAGUGAUAUAUGCAUUGCUUCGUUAGAUGCCAAUCGUUACAAACCUGAAUUACGAAAUAUAAUUGGCAUGUUUGUUGCAACAUUACCUUAUCGUGUUCAAAUUGACUGUGAAUGGUCAUUUAAUGAACUUGUCAAACAUGUGCAACAAAAAUACACAUCAAUUUGUGAACAUACUCAUUAUCCACUACAGGAUAUUCUUGCUGAUUUUCAUCGCAAUCAAUUGAAUACAUCUUUUCUUGAAAUAUUUUUCGAAUUUACCACCGAAGAGAGAGAUGUAAAUCAGCUAAACUUGCUUGGUACAAGCUUAGAGCAAGUACCUGAUCUUCUCUCAUCAACUCUAUACGUUUUAUUUGAUUUCGAACUCAUGUUUUUCUAUAACUCAACAUUAGACAGUGGCAAAUUAUCUUGUCUUCUUAACUUCUCACUUGAUUGCUUCAAUGAAAUUACAUUAAACACAAUAACAAAACGGUUCGAACGUUUUUAUUCACAAUUAUUUACGAUAAAUUUCAAUAAUAUCACCACUGAUGAAUAUGUUUUACCUAUCAGGAAACUAUCUAUUAUUCUACCAGAAGAAAUUGCGGAAAUGCAAGGAGCAAUGUUUCAUAGGUUAUCUACAAAUGCAAAUAAAGGUAUACUAAUCUCAUUUUGUCACUUUUGA